AUGCAUAGAAGUGAAUCAAACUCUUCAUAUUUAAAUAAUCAAUAUAGGAGAGCAACUUCAUGUUCAACAUCUGUAUCAGAAUUAGGAUGGAGAUAUACUCCUUCUACUUGGUCAAGUAUAUUUUCCCCAUUUAAAGCUCCAUUACGAGAAAGUUAUAUACCUAAGAGAAAGGAAUCAUCAUAUGGUUUACCUAGAUCUAGAUCAGUUGGUAAUAUUUCUUCAAAUUUCAGAACAAAAGGUUCAUUACGUCCAUCUUUUCUAUGUUGUAAAAAUAAUGAUGAACAAGAUUCAAAUAGCAAUACUAGAAGUAUUAGAAUGUCUAGUAGAAUAUAUAAUAACAAUAAUCCUAAUUCAGAUGAUUUAUUAUGUUUAGAUGAUACAUUUGGUAUAGCAUUUAGACCUUUAUUUGAAGUAAUUAAAAUGAAUGAACCAUAUCAUUCUAGAGUUUCAGCAUUCUCACAUACACCAAAUAAUCGAAAGAAAUUAUAUAGAUAUCAAUAUGAGAAAUUAUAUGAAUGUAAUAACUUAAAUAAUAAAUAUAAGAAUGAUGAUGUUAAUAUUAUUAGAUUUCAUGAUGGGAUUUCAGGAAAAUCAUUUAAACUACCUAAUAUAAGAAAUAGAUAUAUAGAUAGAAGUAAGCAAAAUUAUUUAAAUAAUCAAGAUAAAUUGACAUAUUCCGAUUAUAUUGAAGUAGAUUGGAAGAAAUGUUCAAAGUAUUUUGAUAAAGAUGAAUUUACUAUUUCAAGAGAUAGAUAUGAUAAUAGUUUAAAUACAUCUAUUAUUGGAUCAAGACAUCAAGGAGAUAUUCCAUAUUGUGAUGCUAUUAUAUAUUUAAAUGAUCCAAAACCUAACUUAUAUAAUAAGAUUGAUCUUGAUAGUUUAAAUUAA